AUGGAUGCUCGGUACCGCUACGCUGCAGCGCCCAGCAGACGGUCGCCAACACUGCACAAUCCUGGCCGGGCGUCUAUGCCUGUCGGAAUUGGCAGCACCAGCACUUCCGCCACUGGCUAUCCGGCCUCCUUUGCUGAGCCUCGUGGCCUCCGCUACGAAGACCCCAUUACGCCUCGCAGCCAGGCCACCGCCGACUAUCGCUCGAAUCCCUCCGUUCCCACCCCGCCGCAGCUCCAGCAGGGCCAACCGGCUGCUCACCAGCCUCACCAGCCUCACCAGCCUCAUCAGCCUCCUUCUCUCCAUCACCAGACACAUCCGCAUCCUUCAUCCCACGACCCUCACUCGCAUACACACCAUCUCGCCCCCAUCACCACCACUACCCGCGCCUAUGCUGUGACAGCUGAACCCAUCACGCGCAGCGCCAGUGCCCGCGAGAGCAGCCGUCCGCCUGCUGCCGACGUCGCUCACAAACGGCCUGUCAUCAUCACCACCACAACUGCCACACGUCCUGCUUCCGGCCAUCCUGGCACCCACCAUGGACCUACCUCGCCCACUCGUGCUGAUCACUUCCGUCCCCCUGUCGCCGACGAUUUUCCGCCGCGCAGCACUCCCGUUCGCGAAGACCCCAACUACUACGCCGUGCCUGCCACAUCGACCAGCUCGCACUCUCGAGGUAGUCGCUACUCCUACGCCGGCGCCCCGAUGAGUGCCACCGUUGACAACGAGGAGCUCAGCCGUCUGCGUGAGCGUCACGAGCUGACCCGCGCCCGUGGCACUCGCUUGGAUCCCUAUGUCCGUCCCCGCCCUACUUCUGUCUACGGCACGACAAGUCGCCCCGGUGUCUCCGUUCACAACGGCAACGGCUCUGCUGCUAGCAGCAUUCCCUCAGUUGUGCCCCUCACGUCGGCUGCUGGCCUGCCUCCCAUCGAUGUCGGAGGCGACGCCGGAUACGAGUACACUACGCCUAGCGAUCUGGCCCGCUACGACCUCAGCCUGGAACAAGCCCCUCGGCGAAGCCGUCGCGACAGCUUCGACCGCAACUACUACCGCCCCACCGUCAGCCUGACGACCGAUCUGGCCCGACCCUACGGCUUUGAAACAGGCGCCCGCCGUGUUGGAGGUGGCAAUGGCCCGCCACCUACCACAUGGGCCUUGGACAAGCUUAAGUGGUCCGCCCCGAUGUCCGGUGCUGGCUCAGGCACUGGCUCGGGCACAGGCUCGGGCACCGGCCCCGUCCCCGUCUCCAGUGGCACUCCAUACGAUGCCAAGUUAAACAUGCGUUCGUCGCCUGUGCAGCCAUACGGACGCGCUGCCCCAACUGGCGCGGCUCUUCCUGCCUGGGAUGUGCACGACCGAGAAUACUCGUUGGAACGGGGCAGAGACAGGGACUACGACCGGCCAUACGAGCGCGAUCGCGACCGCGAUCGCGAAUACUAUGCAGACGGUACGGCUGCAAGCCGUGCCUAUGGCAUCCUCGUCAACAGCAGAGACCACAAGAUGCAGCAACCCCCGUCUGAUGGUGCCUAUUACGAUGACUAUCGCAAUGCCUAUGCCGACGACUAUCGGGACGAUCCCCGCCGAGAGGGCCACCGUGAGCGUCCGGAUCCUCGCUAUGAGCCCGACGAUAGAUACGACGACCCGAACUACGAUGCCGCUCGUGGCCGGGAUGGUGGCCGUCUGCGAAUCGAGGCCCCCGCCAGGCGUCGCUCCGACGAGGAUCUCUACGUUCGUCACAAACGGGAUGCGGCACAAGAUGAUGAAGGCCGUGACCGCAACCGCGAUCGGGAACGUGAAUGUGAACGUGAACGAGAACGGGAACGCGAACAUGAUAACCCGGGCCGUGUUCACGAUCGGGACCGUGAUCGUGAUCAUGACCGUGAUCGUGACCGUGAUCGUGACCGUGACCGUGACCGUGAUCGUGACCGUGAUCGUGAUGAGGACUCGGACCGUGAGCGUCGUCGUGAACAUGAACGUGCGUACGAUCGCGAGCAAGGCCGCUUCCGGGGAAAUCAAAGAAGCGACGAGGAGGAGGCUACUGACGGGAGGAGGUCCCGAGAUAAGGCGACUGCCACUGGGGUCGGCGCCACGGCGGCUGCCAUCGCAACAGCAGCAGCAGCAGCUUCCUCUAGCAGCAGACACAAGGACCCCUCUCCGGAGAAGGAGACACAGUCUCGCCGGCGGCGCGACUCUGAUGCUAGCGAGUACGAAGAAGACCGCGAUCGUGAUCGGCAGCGGCCGCGACCCAGGUCAGACAGCGCAGGUCCGAAAUCAUCUGCUGGCCCGGUGCCGUCUCAGGUGUCAUCGGACGAUGCUGCGGCUGUUCAGACACCUCCAACAUCAGACGAUGGCGAGGCAGACGAGAAAGCUUCCGGCCAGUCGGAACGGGAACGAGAACGGAAGCCCCGGACCGCACCUGCUUUUAAACCCACAGAUGCCAGCGAUCUGAGGACGCUCAAGGCCGAACUUGCUGCACUGGAGGCCAAGGAAGGGCAGCAAGCGGUGGCGCAGGGCCCAGCCAAAAAGGCGAAUGGGCGAUCCGGCAAGGAGGAUUCCAGAGACGCGACAGAGAGAAAGGCAGACAAGAGAGACAAGAGAGACAGGACAGACAAGGGCGAUGCACUCUCGCCGGGCGUCCUGACGCCAACAUCCACUCCGUCAUCUCGGCCGUCGUCGCCUCACACCAGAGGCCGGAAGACGGAUACAGACGCGAAGGAUGAUUCCGUUCGGGGACGCGACCCGUCGCAGUCGCACGCAAAGGUCCUUGCCGAACGACUGGUCUCGCCGCCGCGCGACAAGGAUGACAAGAGGCCGCUGAAGGGCAUUCUCAAACAGCCCAGCUCUAAGUUUCCCGAAGAGCCCAACCCGGUCCGCCCGGGUGUUGCUCCCCACAAGGACGACAAGGUCAAGCAGCAGAACGUGCCCCCUGGUGCACGGUGGACCAAGAUAAGCCGCAAGCUGGUCAACCCUGAGGCCCUCACGAUUGGAAAGGAGCGGUUUGAGGUCCGGGACGAUUUUGUCAUUGUCCUGCGUGUUCUCAGCCGUGAAGACAUUGAGGCCUACACCGUGGCCACGGCACAGCUGAGAGACAAGCGCCGGAAGGAGUUUGAACGACCGAUGCUCCGCAUCGACGACAAGCCGCACCAAGAGGAGGAGCACCACCACCACCGAAGCCGGCGAGACCGCGAGCGGGAGCCCGACAGCAGCGAGUGCUACGGCGCGGCGGCGACAGGCGAAAAGGACCGCCCGCGAAGUCAUCAUCCCCGACACGCGUCGGAUGCGUCUGCCAACGGCCCUGGCGAUGGCGACCGAGAGGAGAUCGAGUACUACAACAGCCACGGUGCGCACCGGCGAUACUACCGUGGAUGA